GCCGCGAGAAAAUCGAUGAUCUAUAGUUACAGGCAUGGCUUCUCGGGUUUCGCGGCGAGGCUCACCUCUGCUCAAGCAAGAAACCUGUCAGAGCACCCUGACGUUGUUCAUCUUUCGAGAAGCCGGAUUAUGAAGUUGCAAACGACUAGGGCUUUCGAUUACUUGGGUCUCACGGCAAGUUCCCCUAAAGGUCUUCUAAACGAUGUCGCCAUGGGCAGUGGAGCCAUCAUCGGCGUCGUGGACUCAGGAAUAUGGCCAGAGUCGCGGUCGUUUAACGACGAAGGACUUGGACCGAUUCCGAAACGGUGGAAAGGGAAAUGUAUCGGGGGAGAUCAGUUCGACCCGAAGGUACAUUGCAACAAAAAGCUCAUAGGAGCAAAGUACUACAUAAAAGGGCUGAUUCAAGAACAAAACAACGAACCCUUCAACGCUUCAGAAACCGGCGAUUUCAUGUCCCCGAGAGACAAGAUCGGCCAUGGGACCCACUGCGCCUCGACGGCCGCCGGCUCGUUCGUCCAAAACGUGAGCCGCUUUGGCUAUGCGGCUGGGACCGUGAGAGGAGGAGCUCCUCAUGCAAGAAUCGCCGCUUACAAGGUCUGUUGGAACGGUGGUAGGUGUGCUUCUCCGGACAUCCUUAAAGCCAUAGACCAAAGCAUACGAGACGGUGUCGAUGUAAUCUCGCUGUCUCUUGGAGGAGGAUUGCCUGCGAACUUCGAAGUCGAUCAGAAAGACACCUCCACGGCCGCGUUCCAUGCCGUCAUGAAGGGAAUUCCAGUGGUUUUCGCCGCUGGGAACGAGGGCCCCAACUCUCAGACUGUCGAUAACGUGGCUCCAUGGAUUAUAACCGUCGCCGCAGCGAAUAUGGACCGAGCUUUUAUUGCCGCCAUGACGCUUGGAAACAACAGAACCAUAUAUGCUGAAGGUUUCUUCGAAGGACCCGAAACAGGAUUCGUGGGUCUCGUUGCGGUGGACGAAAUCAAACCGUUGGACAUCAUGGAAGGAAAACUUAAGGGUAAAGUUGUGUUGGUUUUCGAUACGUCGUCUGGGAGAGGACCGAUAGUAGACAUAAUCAAGAAAGAAGGCUGCAAGGGCAUAAUCUUCGCCCAAAAUCCCUACGAAAAGCUCGAACGUUGCAAGGGCUUUCCUUGCCUCAACAUAGAUUACGAGCUCGGGAGCGAUCUUUUACUCUAUUACCAGACAACAAAAUCACCCGUUGUGAAAAUCAGCCGUACCAAGACAGUAAUCGGCGGCCCGAUUUCGACUAAGAUUGCGAGCUUCUCGUGUAGAGGACCGAACUCAGUCUCUCCAACCAUUCUCAAGCCAGAUAUCGCUGCUCCGGGAGUGAACAUACUUGCCGCGAUACCUGGCCCCGGGGCUGGAGCAUACGAGUUCUACUCAGGUACAUCGAUGGCCACUCCGGCCGUGGCUGGAAUCGUCGCUCUUCUCAAGAUGAAACACCCUCACUGGUCACCUGCUGCAAUCAAAUCUGCUCUCAUCACCACAGCGUGGAGGACCGACCCAUCUGGAGAGCCGAUCAUCUCGGAGACAUCCCCACGAAAAAUGGCAGACCCAUUCGAUUAUGGAGGAGGGCUUGUCAACCCGGAAGGAGCAUCGGACCCGGGUCUCGUCUACGACUUAGGGUUACACGAUUACGCUCAUUACUUGUGCGCAGAAGGGUUCGACGACAUGUCCAUCAGGAGAUUACUACGAAAACACAAAGCUUGUCCGAACCCUAGACCUUCCAUGCUCGACGUUAACAUGCCUUCGAUCACAAUCCCGUAUCUUAACGAAGACGUAACCAUCACAAGAACUGUAACGAACGUCGGACCGGUGGAUUCGGUGUACAGAGCAGUGGUGGAAGCUCCUCUCGGGAUCAAACUUGUCGUGAAACCAGAGACUUUGGUGUUCAAUUCUCAGACAAAGAAGGUUUCUUACACAGUGAGUGUCUCGACGAGUCAUAAAGUCAACACUGGUUAUCUCUUUGGUAGCUUGACUUGGACUGAUGGAACUCACAACGUCGCGAUUCCUGUCUCCGUGAGGACAAAGAUCAUGAUGGGUUUCAAUUGA